UUUAAAUCUUAACUAAAAGAGGUUGGAAGUUUGAAAAUAUGACGUAGUAAUUAAUCACUAUAAAUAAAGGUGAGCGAGAGAGUCUUAGAAGCAUAUUAUUGAGGAGAAAUGGCUUCAUCCUACUCUCUCAUCCUACUUCUUUCUUGUUGCUCUCUUUUCUUUGUUUUCAUUACUGCAACACAAGAAUUUGCUUUCAACACCAGUGAAGGGGAAGAAGCACACCAUUAUCAUACACUCCAACUAACCUCUCUUUUGCCAUCAUCUGUUUGUAAUCCAUCUGCUCUAGUAGGUAACAAGAGAUCAAGGGGAUCACUGGAAGUGGUUCACAAACACGGACCAUGCUCUACGCUCAAUGAAGACACGGUCAAAUCUUUGACAGUGGAAGAAAUCUUGACCAAUGACCAAUCAAGAGUUGACUCAAUCAGGGCUAGGUUAGCCACCAAGACAGGAAAAAAAGACAUACUGGGCUCCAAGGCCACUAUCCCUGCGAAAUCCGGUAGCACAAUCGGAUCCGGUAACUACAUUGUAACCGUCGGAUUAGGCACCCCGGCCAAACAACUCUCACUCAUUUUCGACACGGGGAGCGACCUAACCUGGACCCAGUGUGAACCUUGUGCUAGAUCAUGUUAUGAUCAAAAAGAGCCCAUAUUUGCACCCUCUAAGUCCACCACCUAUUCCAACAUUUCGUGCACGGCAACCCAGUGUUCUGAGCUCACCUCCGCCACCGGAAACGACCCCGGUUGCAGCGCAUCAACAUGCGUGUAUGGUAUUCAGUAUGGUGACCAGUCUUUCUCAGUUGGAUUCUUUGGAAAAGAAAAACUGACAUUGACUUCAAAAGAUGUAGUUAAUGGUUUCUUUUUUGGGUGUGGUCAAAACAACCAAGGACUCUUUGGUGGUGCUGCUGGGCUACUAGGACUCGGUCGCGACAGGCUAUCUAUCGUGUCACAAACCGCUAACAAGUACAGGAAAGUUUUCUCUUAUUGUCUCCCCUCACGCUCAAGCUCUACCGGUUACCUAACUUUUGGAAGUAGUGGAGUUGGCCGUAAAGUUAAGUACACACGACUCUCGGGCAGCUCACGUUCUUUCUACGGUCUUACUCUUACGGCUAUAACCGUUGGUGGAACUAAACUACCAAUAAGUCCUACAGUGUUUCAGACUUCGGGUAUUAUCAUUGACUCGGGAACCGUGAUCACGAGGCUCCCCCCUACAGCCUACUCGGCUCUAAGUAAGGCGUUUAAAGCGCAAAUGAAGAAGUACCCGUUAACUAGAUCAUUAUCUAUACUUGAUACUUGCUAUGAUCUAACUAAUUAUCAAACAGUUGAAAUACCAAAGAUAAGUGUACUUUGGGGUGGGAAUACACUUGUGGAGAUUGCACCACAAGGGAUUCUAUAUGCAAAUGGUGUUAGUCAAGUGUGUUUAGCUUUUGCUCCAAAUGGGGAUGAUUCAGAUAUUGGUAUAUUCGGUAAUGUUCAACAAAAAUCGCUAGCUGUUGUGUAUGACGUCGCUGGCGGAAGGGUAGGAUUUGCGCAAGGCGGAUGCGCCUGAACACCAAUGGACACAAUUGCAGUGUGAUACAUUGUUAUAAACUUAUAAUAAGAAGAAUUAAAUUAGAGAAAAGGAUUGUUGGAAUAAGGUAUAGAGGCAGGUUUUGUUGAUUACCAUUGUUUGAUGUUUGAAUUUUUGCAACUAAAUGUAAAUUGAUUGCUUUCAAAUUCAAUGCAUGAUGACAAAUCUAUUUUGUCCA